AUGAGGUCAGUAACCCCAGGGUUCGCCGUCGAUUCACCUCUCUCAGCUGCUCAAGCAGAAGCAGAAGUGUUUGGCAGCAUGUUUGGACUCUCAGGGAAAAGGGCCAAGCCACUCUAUUGGUUGACGCUGCUGUCAGGACUUUUAGAGAGUUUAUUCUUCUCAGGGAUGGCCUAUGGCUGGGCCUCGCUGGUGUUUGUGCUAAAAGUUGAUGGAUACUUUGCUGGAUACUGCACCAAUGCAACCAGGGAUAGUGAUCAUGCUGCAUACACAGAUUGCACGGGCCAGGAUGAGCAGUUCUCUCUUGUCAUGUGUAUCGCUCUCAUCAUCAACACAAUAAUACGCUUCCCCAUUGGAUGUGUCUUUGACCGCUUUGGAACCACAGUUACAAGGGUAAUAUCAAUAUUCUUGUUCACUACUGCUACGCUGUUCAUCACUCUGUCAAAUGCAGAGAUGUCACUGUUGCUGUACCCGGCCAUAUCAUGUCUCAUUAUUUCUGGCACAAUCCUCCACACCACUAACGCACAGGUGGGGAACCUGUUUCACUUCUAUCGCUCCACCAUCAUUACGGUCUACAAUGGAGCCUUUGACUCUUCUGCUGCUGUGUUUCUUGUCAUAAAGUUGCUGCAUGAAAGAGGAGUGUCUCUUUUUGUGUCUUUCCUCUUCGUCACCUCAUGUAGCAUCAUCCUUCUUUUACGUACCUUGUUCCUAAUGCCCAGAGGACACAUCCCCUACCCGCUUCCUGAAAUUUACACAUACGGAGUGAGAUGUCCUGGAAGAAAAGACAAAAAAAAUAACAAGCUAGAAGACAUGAAGGAGCAUGAAUAUCCGAGGAAAAUGGACAUGCAGACUGAGGGAACAACGCCAGAGAUGGAACCCAAGAAAGAAGAAGUGGCUAGUUUCCGGAGCUGUGUCUUGUCCUGGCUCUUCCUGUGGCACCUAGUGUGGGUGGUCACCAUCCUCUUCUGUCAUACCAUCUUCCUGUCCAACGUCAACUCCAUGCUCACCCGGCUGGCCAAGGAUGACCAAACCUCUGUGAGUCACUACACCAAUGCGUUCGCCAUCACCCAGCUGUGCAGUGUACUGUUUGCUCCCGUGAACGGACUCAUCAUGGACAGACACAAGAAGAGAACUCUGGCUACAGGAGAAACCCGACGGGAGUCAGACCUGCGUUCAUCCUGCCUCUCCCUCUUCCUCACCUCCCUUCAGUGUUUUCUCUUCUGUAUUUGCUUCACCAUCCCUGUCCUUCCCCUGCAGUAUUUCACCUUUGUCCUGCAAGUUAUAAACAGCUCCUUCUUUUAUGGAGGCCAUCAAGCCUUCAUCAGCAUAGCAUUUCCUGUGACUCAUUUUGGGAAGAUGUCAGGGAUUGCGAUGUCAUUAUCAGCUCUUGGGCUGCUUCUUCAGGUUCCAGUCCUUCAUCUCAUCCAGCACCGGCUCCAUGGUGAUCCACUUUAUGUAAAUGUAGGUGUCAUCUUGCUGUCUCUUCUUGCUUUUAUCCAUCCGAUCCAAGUCAGUCUCUACUGCAGGAAGCUGGACAAACAGAGAACAAUCACUAAACAAGAAGCCAAUGAACAACAGGCCUUUUAA